UGCUUAGGUCUCCUGAUGACGAGCUCAGUGGAGCCCACAGCCAGAGGCAGUGAACAGAGCUGCAGUGUCUGCAGGCUGCUGCUGCCCUCCCACUCCAUUUACAGCACUGCCAAACAAAAAAGGGAUUGGCCUUGGGACCACAAGCUGGGAGCCAGUGGAGCUGGGUCUGCCAGGGGCACUGCUGGUCUCAAUUUUCUAUGUGCCUUUGUGAAUCUCUCUGUCCUCAAGAUGUCUCACCACAUGAACAGCUCCAUGCCAACAUCACAUCCUCCUGAGCAUCACCACCCCACCACAGCCUCGGGACACAGUCACGGAUCUGACAUGAUGAUGAUGGCCAUGACUUUCCACUUCAGCUAUGAGAAUGUGCCAUUGCUGUUCUCUGGACUUACAAUCAAUUCUCCUGGAGAAAUGGCUGGUGCUUUUGUGGCUGUAUUCUUCCUGGCCAUGUUUUAUGAAGGCCUUAAGAUCGCCCGGGAGUGUCUGCUCCGGAAAUCCCAAGUCAGCAUCCGCUAUAACUCCAUGCCAGUGCCUGGCCCCAACGGCACCAUCCUGAUGGAGACACACAAAACCGUGGGGCAGCAGAUGCUGAGCUUACCCCACCUGCUGCAGACUGUGCUGCACAUCAUCCAGGUGGUGGUCAGCUACUUCCUCAUGCUCAUCUUCAUGACCUACAACGGGUACCUGUGCAUCGCCGUGGCCGCCGGAGCAGGCACCGGCUACUUCUUCUUCAGCUGGAAAAAGGCAGUGGUGGUGGAUAUCACAGAGCACUGCCAUUAACACUGGGUGUGCCCUCAGGCCUCUCCACCCCAGCCCUGCAAGAGCAGCCACCCGAGGACUGGAGCAUUCCUAAGCUGCCAAGAGAAUCAUGAUAAAAAAAAAAUCACCUGGAGUUCACCAUGGGUUCCUGGAGGGGUGCAGGGAUGUGAGAAGCUGGGACAUGCUGUUCCCCUUGACUCUUGAGAGUCCAUGGCAUCCAUUCUUGGCCAGGAUUUGCUUCAUUCUUAGAUUAUGCUGUGAUUGAAGUUAGUUGGCUGACAGAACUGUAGAAAUUAUUAUUCUAAAAAGAAAACAAAACCAUUUUAUUUUUAAAUUGUAAAUGCUCGUCAGUGAGGGUUUAAUGAAUGUGAGGAAAAGAUCAAAGUUGCCAAUAAUGUGUGAAUGGCUGUUUUAAUUUUGAUUUUUUUUUUCAAUGUGUACAUAAUGCCAGGGGACAAGAUUGCCCUGGCAUUGUGGCUUUUGGGGCCAAUGACACCUUUUGCUGUAGGACUCAGCCUCUGAGAAAGAUUUGGUGCUGCACAUCAGAUAUGCUCAGGUGUGUCCUGGCAAGGGAGGACUUUGACCCAAGGAUGUGACUUGGGUGCUCCAGGGGUUGGAUGAACUUGCCCUCUAAGCCCACCAGAGAAUGAUGAGUGUUGUUAAUCUGAUGUAUCCAGCAGCAUUACUCAGCCCCUAGGGAGAACACUUGAGUUUGGCUGCCUUCCCUUUCCAAUUAUGGAUCAGAUGCAGGAUAAUAGUUCUGUGUUUGCAGGGCAAAAAGAUUCCAAAUAAACCAUUGAUCCCACAGGUACUUCAUGUGGAACUGCACCUGGAUGGAAAUAGAGCUAAGCUUUGGGUUACUAGAACUGGUUCUGUAAAUGGGGCAAAAGCCAAAUAAUGAUUUAAUGACACUAAAGUUAAAAUGGCUGGAGGGUAUUCCUGGGUGGAGGUGAAGGGAGGAAAACAACCAUGUUCCUGUGAAGGAGAGAUUUGGGGAAGAGGAGGAGGAAAAUACAGGAUCACAGCAGCCUUCAGUGCCUCCUCAGGUGAAAUUUGGAGCAGCCUGGGUUAAUCAAAAAGUAUUCCUGACCCAGAUGACUCCUCUUUGUCUUGAUAAUCACAGUGUGCCCAUGCUGGAGAUGCAGGUUUUCAGUGCAGUGCGGGACAGGUGCUGUGGUGCAGUAAUGAACUCAGUGCUGUGGGCUCUGCUCAGGGCCCAAGCAGGACAGGCUGUGAGGGGGCAGAACCACCCUCCUGCCUGUCUGCUGCCAGGUCAGGCUUGGGGAGCAGCUCUGGUUUAGCACCUGGAGAUUAGAAAGGGUGUGCAGAGUGUGAUGUAAAGCUGGAGUCUUCCCUCUACCCAGGUUGCCCAGUUUGUGCCUGUAACUGGCUGGAAGAGAAGACAGUGAGAAUUUGGGAAAGACACUGAGAACAGGCCCCAGUUUCAGGCUGGGACUGGUGUCUGGGAGAUGCCAUAAGAACAGGGAAUCCUACUGGGAUGAAGGCUCUGGGCACACACAGGAAGGUUUUUUCCCCUGAAGAUGCUGCUGGCAGCAGCUGUGUGAGGAAGGCCAAUCUUUGGAAUGCAAUAUUUUAGCCCCUGAGCCUUAGAGGGUGAGGCCUGUGUACCUGGGUGCUCCAUGGUGCUGGUGCUGCUGUCCCUGCACAGGGCACACCCUCUCACCCUCAUAAAGGAAAUCCAGUGCUGCUGCUGCUGCCAGGGCUUGAAUUGCACCUCCCAAAGUCAGCCCUCUUGGGCUGAUGCCAGCUGUUUAUUUGGACAUCUUGUUUUCUCUGGACAGUGCAACUAGAGAAUAAAAGGAGCUGAGUUAAAAGCAGGAUUAGGUUCCUAAAUAGCUGCUUUCUGUAGCAAAUUCACAUCUGGGUGAAAGAGGCAAAGUUAUUUUCAUGGAAAAGUUCUAGCCACCUCCUGCUGAGAGACAGGAAAAGUACUUCCUUCCCCAGUCUGAUCUUUGCAGGGAGUUGUGUCUGUGACAGAACUGGUGUCCUCUAUGCACCUGUCACACAGGUAAAAGUCUCCUGGGCCCUCCAGGCAAUCAUGGGAGGGGAAACCUGACCCUCCCCAUACCUAGAGAGCUGGGAGGAAUGUUAGUGUUGGACAGAGAAAAUGGACAAUCCCUUCCCACUCCUGCUGGAACUGAGAGGAAAUCGGAGUGUUUGUCAGAGAAAACUGAAGCUGUUAAAAGCUGGAGAGGGUGGUUGAUGUUGUGGAGGUUUGCACUGCAGGGCUUGACCCCUGAAGGAGCUCAGGGUGACAUUGCCACUGCUGCCAUUGGUUUUUCUGGAAGGGGCUGGAGUUGUUGCCCUCACAAUCACAGGCUGGAGUGAGGAGUGGCUGUGUGGUGACACUGGUCACCUCAAAUACCUCUUGCUGUGUCUCUCUUUGAAACAGGAGCUGCUUGGCCUGAUCUUGCUGUCAACUUUGAACCACUUUUCUGUGUAUCCAAGUGACCAGGCUUGAAUUCUCUGAGGGAUGACUUGGAGAUCAGGCUGUGGCUCAUGCAGUGUCAGUCUGGUUCUUGUUAAGCUUUUCUGUCUCAUUCUGCUUGUAGCAGCUGUGCUCCUGGAAUUGUUUCCCCCAGAAUGAGCUUCCAAGGCUCAUCUCCUGCCCCUGCUGUCCCCAGAGAGGGCACACAGCUUUCUGCAGCGUGCACAGGGAGGGAACACUGCCCCAGGCAGGAGUCUCUCAGGUGCCCCAGCUGGUCCUGCAGCCUGGUUUGGGCACCCUGGGCUGCCAGGGAAGGUGAGAAGGGAAUGGCUGAGGAGAGGCUGUGUCCCCUCUGCUCCUGAGCUCCCUGAUGUGCAGCUGGGGAAGGGGCAUGUCCAGGCUGUGCUUUCCUCAGUGUCACCAUCCAGCCACCAACCUCCCUGUGUCCCAGCCUCCCCCUUGCUGCCAAAUGCCACCACGGUGUGUUCCCAGCCCGGGCUGCUGCAUGCAGAGCACAGCCUGUGCUGAGCAGAGCCUGUGCUGAGCAGAGCCUGAGCAAAUCCCUCUGGACAGGAUCGGCAGCUCUGGGGCAGUCCCAGCCCCUCUGCUGAAUUUGAAGUUGUCCUGGUAACAUGGGGAGGGGAGGACUCGAAGGAUGACCAGGCCUGGGUACUUCAAACUCCUGUGUUGACACACAUGUAGCAUGUUUGGGUGUGCUGUCCUGCUUGGGGGUGACAUCCUGUGCCUGUCCCUGUGCCCUGAUGUUUGCUCUGCGUCCGCUGUGUCUCUGGAUUAUCAUCAAGGAGGGAGCUCAGAGCAUCCAGCCCAUGUCCCUCAGUGGGGUUUUGUUGCUUUUCUUUGAGUGCCUUUUGAGUUUGUCUGGAGCCAGUCCCACCCAAUCCAGCAGGAUUUCUAGUUUACAGUGGACUGUCAGUUUUGUUUUUACUCUUGCUCUUUGUGGCGGUAACCUCUCUGAUGUUACUGUGAAUAUCAAGAAUCUCCUGUACAUAAUUAACCAAUAAAAUAGAUUGCAUUUUA